GACUAAACAAAUCACGUCAAGAAAUAAUGUAAGUUGGUGUACAAUCAAGAGAAUUUGUUGAUAGAAAACAAACAGCUUUUGUGAAAAUAAAAAACAAAAAUUAAAAAAAAUAUCAGCUUCAGACAAGAAGAGAGAGAGUGAGUGAGUGAGCUUUUUAAUCAAAAGGUCAAAAGCGAAGACGAGUUAAGUCGGCGUAUCCUCCUCCUUCAAUAAACCAUCCCAUCCUCUGAAGAGAAACCCUAGCCUUCACAAUCGCCGCCUUCUCCAGAUACAUCUCUAUCUACUUUUCUUGAUUUCAAGAUACACGAUGAAACCGGAUCGAAUUUUGUUGCUCUAGAUCCGUCCAGAUUCAUCAUAAAAAAUCAUGACGCUAUUUCCAGAGGACGACUCGAUACAAAUCCGCGAGGUGUGGAACGAGAAUCUUGAAUCAGAGAUGGCACUAAUCCGAGAAGUCGUCGACGAUUUCCCUUUCGUCGCCAUGGACACAGAGUUCCCCGGAAUCGUCUGCAGACCAAUCGGAACUUUCAAGACCAACACAGAGUACCACUACGAGACCCUCAAAACAAACGUGAACUUGCUCAAGAUGAUCCAGCUCGGCCUCACUUUCUCCGACGACAAAGGAAACCUCCCGACAUGCGGUGGCUCCGACAAGAAACACUGCAUCUGGCAGUUCAACUUCCGCGACUUCGACCUCAAUUCCGACAUCUUCGCUCACGACUCCAUCGAGCUUCUCCGUCAAUCAGGCAUCGAUUUCGUCAAGAACAACCAGAUCGGUGUCGACUCGAGACGUUUCGCCGAGCUCUUCAUGUCUUCAGGGAUCGUGUUGAACGAGAGUGUUCACUGGGUCACGUUUCACAGUGGGUACGAUUUCGGUUACUUGCUAAAGCUCUUGACUUGUCAGAAUCUGCCGGAGACGCAAACCGGGUUCUUUGAGAUGAUUAGUGUGUAUUUUCCGAGAGUUUAUGAUGUGAAACAUUUGAUGAAGUUCUGCAAUAGCCUCCAUGGUGGUCUGAACAAUUUGGCGGCGCAGCUUGAAGUUGCUCGAGUCGGGGUUUCUCACCAGGCUGGAUCUGAUAGUUUGUUGACUUCGUGUACAUUUAGGAAGCUGCAGGAGAAUUUCUUCGUUGGUUCCAUGGAGAAGUAUUCUGGUGUUUUGUAUGGCUUAGGUGUUGAAAAUGGUCACAUUGUUCACUGAAAAAUUGAUUAUAUUUAAAUUAUAAACCACAAAAUUAAACGUUUAUAACA